UAUAUAUAUAUAUAUUGCUUUGCCGAAUUGAGAGCGCCAGACGUGAGCUGAGAAGCUUCGGCAGAGUCGGGCGUGUUUUUCCUGUGACGCGGCAUUGAGUCUUAGUCUCGUCUCGUCUGGCCGUCUCCGUUUGCCUGGUUGGAUAGAAGAAACAAGAUGAAAUCCCUUUUGGUCACUGCUGUCAUUACUACCUUUGUUCUGGCUUUGUUCCUCCAUUCAGGAAAUGCUUUAGUGUGCUACAAUUGUGAUUUUGCGAACUGUGACAAAAAUAUAACCUGCACAGGUGAUAAAGAUACUUGCUUAAUAGUAUAUCAGGGUGUAAAAAAUUCAUCUCGCUGCUGGAAGUAUUCUGACUGCAAUGUAGACUUUAUUUCAAAUUCGUUCGGAACAAAAAACUUCAGAUACAGGUGCUGCCAAUGGAAUUUGUGUAACAAUGCUCCAAAUGUAGUAACUAGCAAAAUAGUUCUCAGUGGGACUUUCUUGCUGACAGUUGUUCAUAUGUUAAAGUCUUUAGUCUGGAACUGAAACGGGGCCUUGUUUUUCAGUUUAAAAAGAUACAGACCACUGAUAACUUUUGAGAAAGUGUUCCUGCUGGAGAAGAUUACAUUAUUAAGAUACAGUAUUAAGUAGAUAAAAUUUGUUUGCUCUACUGCACUUUUCAUAUUUUUCCUUACAUUAUUUAAUUUCUAUUGGAAACUUACAUUUAAUCUGUAAAACAUUCAUAUUAGGCAAAUGUGGAUGUAUAAAGACUUGCUUUUGUUCAGAACAUGUUUUGAAUCUCAUAAAAUUGCCAACUACAUUUUAACUUGCAAGCAAUUGUUGCAAUAAAAGUGCUAUUGUAUAUUUUAA